GGCGGCUCGCAAAGCUCUCAGCGAGCCCAGGCACAGGGCGAGACCCAGGGCGACAGCUGUCACACACCGGGGUCCCGGCGAAGCGCCGGCACCGCCACCGCCGCUGCCCCACCGCUUCCAGGGCCAGGCGGGCUCACCCCACCGGGGCACCCGAAGGGCCGCUCUCUCGAGCGUUGCCGGGGCUGGGAGCCGCAGGCCAGAAGCCUCAAGCCAGUACACGGAUCCUUCCUGCCCUGGGAAAAGGGGCCGGUGCCCGGCAGGCAGAGGCGGGGUGUCCCCUCAGAGGCAGGGCCGGUUCUCCCCGGCGGGGCGGUGGCGGCGGUGCCGGCGCGGAGCCGUGGGGAGCUUCCAGCCCGUCGCGGCGGCGGCGACGCGCAGCGCGGCCGCGCCCAUGGCGAGCAGCAGCGGCGGCGGCGGCAGGUAGGGUCGGGCGGGGCGGGGGCCCGCUCCCCCGGCCAUGGCUCAGACGGAGCCCCCGAAGGCGGUGCGGCUGUGGCGUGAUGCCGCCCUGCGCGUACGGAAGCUGAGGGGCGGCCCCGCCGAGCCCGAGCCAGACGCAGGGUCGCCGGGGAGCCCGCUGCCGCCGCCGCCGCCGCCGCCCCCCCCCCCCCCCUCCGGUGCCGUCGCUCCUUGCCGCCCAUCCCUGGCAGGGGCGGCACUGGGGGAGCUGGAGACGCUGAACCUGAGCGGGCGGGGCCUGGAGGAGCUGCCCGACGAGGUGGGCGCCGCCCUGAGCGGGCUGCGGGUGCUCAGCCUGCGGCGCAACUGGCUGGGCCACCUGCCCGCCGCCGCCCUGCGCCACCUGGGCAGCUUGGCCGAGCUCGACCUCAGCUACAACCGGCUGCGGGGCCUGGGGGACGGCGGGGCGCUGGCGGAGCUGCGGGGCCUGCACAAGCUCAGCCUCAGCCACAACGAAUUGGGCGCCGAGGGACCGUGGCUGCCCCCCCGCCUCGCCGAGCUUGGCUGCCUCGAGGAACUCGACCUCAGCUUCAACCGCCUGCACCACCUGCCCGAGGGCCUGUGCCGUCUGCGGCACCUCCGCACCCUCGACGUCGACCACAACCUUCUGCCCUCCUUCCCUGCCUCGCUGCUGGAGCUGGCCGCCCUGGAGGAGCUCGACUGUUCCGGCAACCGCCACCUCGGGGCCCUGCCCGAGGGCAUCGCUGCCCUCCACCGCCUCAAGAUCCUCUGGCUCAGCAGCACCGGGCUGGCAUCCCUGCCCGAGGGUCUCUGCCAGCUGAGUGCCCUCGAGAGCCUCAUGCUGGACGGCAACCGGCUGCAGGUGCUGCCCACUGGCUUCGGCAGACUACAGCAGCUCAAGAUGCUGAACCUCUCAUCCAACCUGCUGGGUGAGUUUCCCUCUGCCAUCUUGGCGCUGCCGAGUCUGGAGGAGCUCUACUUGAGCCGCAACCAGCUCACCAUGCUGCCCCCUCACCUCUGUCAGCUCCACCGGCUCCGCACUCUCUGGCUGGACAACAACCGCAUCCGCUACCUGCCUGACUCCAUCGUGCUCCUCCACAGCCUAGAGGAGCUGGUCCCGCAAGGCAACCAGAUCGCCAUCCUGCCUGAGGGCUUUGGGCAGCUUUCCCGUGUCACCUUGUGGAGGAUCAAAGACAACCCCCUCAUCCAGCCCCCCUAUGAGGUGUGCAUGAAAGGCAUCCCCUACAUCGCAGCUUACCAGCAGGAGCUGGCCCACUCCCAGCCUGCCCUCAAACCUCGCCUCAAACUAGUCCUCAUGGGCCUAAAGGAUGCAGGAAAGACCCUGCUGCGACAGUACCUCAUGGAGGAAAAUGAGCAGAGAGAGGACAUGGGAAGCCUGGAGGCAGGAAACACCCAGCACAGAGGGUUUCCUGGGCAACAGCAGGACAUUGGAAGGGUGACAGUUGGGUGUUGCCCCUUUCCAGAGCCUCAAGACAAUUCUUCAACUCGGGUACCUGUCAUGCAGCAGGUGGAAUGUCCCCCUGUUGAGCGACAGGAUAUCUCUUCUCAUGUGCCCUCUCACCGAGCGAAAGGGGACACAACAUCCCCUGCACUGCCACCCAAUUCCCUGCGAGUACCACUGGGACUAGGACUAUCAGGAGGCAGUAAGGGCAUCGAGGUGAUGGACUGGACAGCAGAUGCAGAGAGGGGCCUGACAUUCAUGGUGUAUGAGCUGGCAGGGGACCCAAGCUAUGAUGUGAUCCAGUCUUUCUUCCUCUCCCCUGGAGCCUUGUAUGUGCUGGUGGUGAAUUUGAGUGCCUACGUCCCUCAGCACUUCUACCCCUCUGUGGGCUACUUCUUACACUGGCUCAGUUCCAAGGUGCCCCAUGCUGUAGUGUGCAUGGUGGGAACACAUGCUGACCUCUGUGCGGAGCGGGAGUUGGAAGAGAAGUGCCUGGACAUCCAUCACCAGAUCGCUCAGCAGGAGAAGAGGGAUGCUGAGGGACUCCAGAGCUUAGUCCAGCAGGUGGAUGAGGCUCUGGGACAGGACUUUGACCUGCGGUGCUCCAGCCCGCAUGCUGCCUUUUAUGGGGUCUCAGACAAGAAUUUGCGGCAAAAGAAAACCCAGUUUCAGUAUCUUCUUAACCACCGCCCACAGAUCCUCUCUCCAGUGCUGCCUUUCAGCUGCCAGGACCGUUGCCAGGUGCGUCGCCUGCAGGACAAGCUCCUCUCAGUCGCUGAGCACCAGGAUAUCUUCCCUAACCUGCACCGGGUGUUGUCCAAGUCCUGGCAAGUGUUGGAGGAGCUGCACUUCCAGCCUCAAGGUCAGCAGUUGUGGCUUAGCUGGUGGGACUCUGCCCGGCUGGGCUUGCAGGCGGGCCUGAUGGAGGAUCGGCUCCAGAGUGCCCUGUCUUACCUGCAUGAGAGUGGAAAGCUGCUCUACUUUGAGGAGCAUCUCACUUUGCGGGAGUAUGUGUUCCACAACCUGCCAUGGCUCAUAGACAUCCUCAAUGUCUCUUGCCAGCGAGAUGCCACCGUGAUGCUCCAGAAACUGCUCAGUGACACCCAGGUUGACGAACUGAGGACCACUCAGCUCCAUCAUUACGUGGAGGGCUUCUUGCUGCGUGGCCUCCUUCCUGCCCAUGUUAUCCGUCUCCUUCUUAAGCCCUACAUCCAGAGUCCAGAGGAUCUGCAGCUCAUUCUGGAGCUGCUGGAGAAGAUGGGGCUAUGUUACUGUGUCAACAAACCCAAAUGCAAGCACUUAAAUGGGGCGGCUGCUUGGUACAAGUUUCCCUGCUAUGUGAAAAAUGAGGUGCCCCAUGCAGAGGCAUGGAUCAACAGCACCAAUCUGAGCGGACAGUCCUUUGUGGUCGAGCAGCUGCAGAUUGAAUAUAGCUUUCCAUUCAUUUUCCCACCUGGCUUGUUUGCACGCUACAGUGUCCAGAUUAACAGCCACGUGGUUCAGCGAUCAGAUGGCAAAUACCAGAUUUAUGCCUACCGGGGAAAGGUGCCUGUGGUGGUGAGUUACCGGUCUGCCAGGGGAGUUCUGCAGCCAGACACUCUGUCUAUCGCUAGUCAUGCAUCCCUACCAAAUAUCUGGACAGCUUGGCAAGCUAUUACGCCUUUAGUAGAAGAACUGAAUGUCCUGCUCCAGGAAUGGCCGGGCCUGUACUACACUGUGCAUGUCCUCUGUUCAAAGUGCCUUAAAAGAGGGUCACCCAACCCACACACUUUUCCAGGAGAACUGCUGAGUCAGCCGAGACCAGAGGGCCUGACGGAGAUCAUCUGUCCCAAGAACGGCAGCAAGCGAGUUAAUGUUGCCUUGGUUUACCCCCCCACUCCUACUGUGAUCAGCCCUUGUUCCAAGUGAGACCAGAAUGCAGACCUAUUCCCAUCAGUAGACACCAGAAAGCCUACGUAAAACAUGCCCUCACUAAGCACUUCUUUCUGGAAGGUAGCAGCCCCACAGCCUGGAGACUGUUCUAAUUAUUUGUGGCUAUAGACAGCCCACUCAGAGGAUAAGAAGUACAGUGAAGUGGGCUGAGGUGUUCUCUGAGCUGUGUUGUGGCAGAUGCAAGACACACAUUGGGCUGGACAGAUCAGGAGAUAAUGAAGUCAUAGGUGGGUUUUGGUAGGAUGGGACCCCAGGAGAUUUCUGUACACCCCCUUCUCAAGCAGGACCACUCUCAAGGCAGGUCAGGUUCUUGGGACCUUGUAUAGGUGAGGAUGUGAUCCUUGGAUGACAAGGAGGGAGGUGCUACCACCUCUUCAGACUUUAUU